AUGGCCGAGGCACCCAUCAAGACCAUCAACCUCGAGACUCUCAAGCAAAACAGCCAGCGUGACAGUCUCUACGUCCUCAUCAGUGGCAAAGUAUAUGAUGCCACCAAGUUUUUGGACGAGCAUCCUGGCGGUGACGAGGUCAUCCUCUCCGAAGCUGGCAAGGACGCCACAGAGGCGUUUGAGGAUGUUGGACACUCGGAUGAGGCCCGCGACUUGUUGAAGACUCUGUAUAUUGGUGACUUCGACGGCCCCUCAAUAAAGUCCUCCUACAUUCACCGUGGGGAGGGAGGCGACACUUCGGGUGGAAGCCCAGUUUUCUACCUCUUCCCACUUGCUCUCUUUGGCGCUAUCCUCGCAUACCGUUACUACCUUGCAUGA